CUGACAAAGUUGCUUUGACAUGCAGACGUGAUUAACGGCGGCGUCAUGCUGCAUUUCAAACCUAGCAGAGAGCGAUGGGAAUGGUUGAGCAAAGAAAUAAAUAAAAAAAUAGAAAGAAAGGAAAGGGGGAUGUUUGGAUGACUUUCCCAAGAGACUCGUUGACAGCGCUUCACACUCACUUGGGAAUAAACCUGCUGCUUACUUUCUUUCGCUGUGCCGCACAGAACACAGACGAACACGGUCUGUUACCAGAAAUAUUUAUGGGAAAUAACGGCCUGCUUUUUGAAAAAAAUCACGAAGACGCAUGUGUGAAGUUCCAGGCGGAAUUUUCGCGGAAUUUCCGUGCGCUUGUAAAGCUGACAUGACUUACUUGGAUGUGACAUUGUUACCGUCUGCGCCAGCUGCUGUGCUCUUUUUGGCUGUUACUUAAAAAAGAGAGAAGAAGAAGCUGAUCCUUUGCUCUGCUUCUGAGGCAUGGAUAGAGAGUUCUGAAGCCGGAUUUUGCACGCCUUUAAUCUGGAGUCGGGGAGUAAAUUACAUUCGCUCCGGUUUGCUCGGACGAGUGUAGGUGCAGAACUAAACCGGAUAAGACAUCGCAGGUCCGGGAGAGUGAAAAAGGGCAGGUGCGCUUUGGAGUCGGCGGCUGCGCGAAGAGAGCGGAGAGCGGACCGGUGGAUUAGGACGGUACCUGUGUGGGCUGUGGAGAGCGCAUCAUGCGGACUCGGAUGUUGCGCACAAUGAGCCAUUAAAACCUGUAGGCUGGAGCGAAAACAGAAAAGCGGAUAUGGGCUCUGCUCUGCAGCGUCACUGGCUAUUGUUCCAACUCCUGAUGCAGGUAUGGCUGGCGGCAAAUCCCUCCCUGAGUGAGCGCCACUGCCCUAAGAGUUGUCGUUGUGAUGGAAAAAUUGUCUACUGUGAGUCAAGCGCCUUUCGUGAUGUCCCCAAGAACCUCUCAGGAGGCUGUGAGGGACUGUCUUUGCGGUACAACAGCCUCUCCAGUCUUCGUGCUGGCCAGUUUGUUGGCCUCAACCACCUUAUCUGGCUGUAUUUGGACCAUAAUUACAUUGCCACUGUGGAUGCAAUGGCAUUCCAGGGGGUCCGCAGGCUUAAAGAACUGAUUCUGAGUUCCAACAAGAUCACAUCACUCCAUAAUACAACAUUUCACCCCGUUCCUAAUUUGCGGAAUUUGGACUUGUCGUACAAUAAACUACAAGCAUUGCAACCUGGGCAAUUCCAAGGUUUACGGAAGCUUCUCAGCCUUCAUAUACGGUCUAAUUCAUUAAAAACUCUGCCAAUGCGUCUGUUUCAAGACUGCAGAAAUAUUGAAUUCCUUGAUCUUGGGUACAACCGGCUGCGGAGUAUCACUCGGAAUGCACUUUCUGGCCUGGUCAAGCUCACCGAGUUGCAUUUGGAACACAAUCAGUUCUCCAAAAUCAAUUUUUCCCAUUUUCCUCGACUCUACAAUCUACGGGCUCUUUACCUGCAGUGGAAUCGCAUUCGGUCGAUGAGCCAGGGCCUGACUUGGACCUGGGCCUCAGUCCAGAAACUGGAUCUGUCAGGGAAUGAACUGACAGAAGUAGAUCCUGUAGUUUACCAAUGCCUACCAAACCUGCAGACUCUUAACCUUGAUUCCAACAAACUAACCAAUGUUUCUCAGGAGGUUGUUGAUGCUUGGAUCUCACUGACCACGAUUAGUUUAGCAGGAAAUGUUUGGGACUGUAGCCCUGCCAUAUGUCCUCUUGUGGCUUGGCUAAGGAACUUUAGAGGGAUGAAAGAGACUACAAUGAUCUGUGCAUCCCCCAAGAAAGCCCAGGGAGAGAAAGUGAUGGAUGCGGUGGAAGCAUUUGGGGUUUGCCAAUCAAAUCAAGGUACAACUCUUACAAUGAGCAUUACUCCAAAUCUAUCCAGCGUCCCUGUGCAGACAGAGCAUAACCCCUCUGUUCUGGUUUUACCAACUAGGUCUGGUAAGCGAACUGAGGUAUCUGUUUGGGGUCCUACAUCAUUAGCAGUUACCCCACCUGUUGCACUUCCCCCAGAGCAAGACUUAGAGCCUGUGUCUUUCCAUAAGAUUGUGGCUGGAAGCGUAGCCCUGUUUCUGUCUGUUGCAAUGAUCCUUUUGGUAAUCUACGUGUCCUGGAAGCGCUACCCUAACAGCGUCAAACAGCUCCAGGAGCACUCGGCGGCAGCACGCAAGCGUCGCAAGAAACCCCGAGAGACAGAGCGCACCCUUAGCUCCCCUCUGCAGGAGUACUAUGUGGACUACAAGCCCAACAAUUCUGAGGCCAUGGAUGUGCUUGUCAAUGGGACUGGACCAUGCACCUACACCAUCUCAGGCUCCCGAGAAUGCGAGGUUCCCCACCAGAUGGGUGCCCUAACCUUUUAUCGCUAUGAACAGCCCAUUGUAGACUACUGCCAGGCACAUCAACCCCUACGGCUCAACAUGGGAUACGAAGGCCCACCUCAGGGACUGGAGGGACUUGGCCUGGGGCCAUGUGACAGGGGCACAAUACAGACGGUGGCCUCGCCUGCAGUGCCCUCUGUUGCCAGCAUAGGUGGCCCUGUGCCAGGGGCCCGGAGCCCUCCUGCGCCUCUCAUGCAACAACUGAAGGCCACAGCAGCGGGCCCUUAUCCUCCCCCAGAACGCACCGGAACUCUCAAAUUUGGACGCUAA